CUCACGUUUUACGCCGGAAAACAGAGCGCUGUCCGCGUCGCCCCGGCCGUCUUCCGCUCAUACGCUACCGCGAAAGCCGCCGCUUCGGAGGUUUCUUCCAUCCUUGAGUCCCGCAUUGCCGGCACUUCAAUAGGCGGAAAUGUCGAGGAGACUGGCCGUGUCCUCAGCGUCGGUGACGGUAUCGCGCGCGUUUGGGGCUUGAAGAACGUCCAGGCCGAGGAGAUGGUGGAAUUCUCCUCCGGUGUCCGUGGCAUGUGCUUGAACUUGGAAGCCGACAACGUCGGUGUCUCCAUCUUCGGUAACGAUCGUCUCAUCAAGGAGGGCGACACCGUCAAGCGUACCGGCCAGAUCGUCGACGUCCCCGUCGGCCCUGCUCUCCUCGGUCGUGUCGUUGACGCCCUCGGCAACCCCAUCGACGGCAAGGGCCCCAUUGAGGCCACCCAGCGUAGCCGUGCCUCGCUCAAGGCGCCCGGCAUUCUCCCUCGUCGCUCGGUGAACCAGCCCAUGAUGACUGGUAUCAAGCCCAUCGACGCCAUGGUGCCCAUUGGUCGUGGUCAGCGUGAGCUGAUCAUCGGUGACCGUCAGACCGGCAAGACUGCCGUCGCCAUCGACACCAUUCUCAACCAGAAGCGCUGGAACGACGGCGCGGAUGAGUCACAGAAGCUCUACUGUGUCUACGUCGCCGUCGGCCAGAAGCGUUCCACCGUCGCUCAGCUCGUCAAGACCCUUGAGGAGAACGACGCGAUGAAGUACUCCAUUAUCGUCGCUGCUACUGCCUCCGAGGCUGCGCCUCUCCAGUACCUCGCACCU